AUGGAGAUGGGAGAAAGUAGCCGUGAGAGAAUGGAAGUGGGACAAAGCAGCCGUGGGAGAAGGCCAAGGAGGAAGUCCAAGAGCGCCCGGGCCGGUGUUAUAUUUCCCGUCACUAGAGUUCGAAGGUAUUUGAAGGAGGGCAGAUAUGCAAAGCGUGUGCGAUGGCCGGCUGCCGUCUUUCUCACUGCCGCCAUCGAGUACAUCGUGGAAGAGGUGUUGGAAGCGUCCGGGAGGGCGGCACAGGCCCUGAAUAAGACUAAGAUAAUUCCUCGGCAUAUUCUUUUGGCUGUGAGGGGCUGUAAAUAUGAUAAAGACGAAGAAGAUAAAGGAAGAGAUGAAAAAAAUCAGUUGCUCAAACUUUUCAGCUGGGUGAUCAUUCCCCAAGGCGGUGUGGUGCCCUACGUUAAUCCUAUCCUGAAGCGAGAGAAGGCUACCACUUCUUCCCCCAAGUCACCCAAGAAAUGA